AUGUCUUCGGCGGCCCCACACGAUGCGAUUACAGCAGCUCAGGGCCAAGCCGCCAGCUCCAAAAAGAAGAAGAACAAGAAGAACAAGCCCAAGAAGGCGCUCGACACCAGCAGCGCCAACGAUGGCACAGGCACGGCCGAGCCCAGUCCUCGAGACAGCAACAGAGAAUUGUCGGGCGACGAGGAGCCUGACACCCCGGUGACAGAGAGUAGUGAUACCAGAAAGGAAAACCAGAAGUUACCUUCAGCCUCGGCGACAGCCCCCGAAGCGCAAGGGAACGGACAUGUACGAGCGCCGUCUGGGAACGGUCAUCCUGUCUCAUCCACCCCCCAUCUGAGCCAAGCGACAACCACGAGCGACACGAGCGCAAAGCUAGAGGCCAUGUCGGAAGAGCGAGAAGCCCUCCGCAAGGAGGUGGAGCAACUGCGGAAGCAGCUCGAGACGAUACAAGAAUCCCACACCUCCGAAGUAGGCAAGCUGAAGGCGGACCUCGAGGAAACCGAGUCUGCGAAGGAGCAAGCCGAGGAGCAGUACCAGACGCUGCUGGGGAGGGUCGAGAAGAUCAAGCAGACGCUCGGCGACCGCCUGAAGAGAGACAGGGCGGAGCUGGAAGAGGCCAACCAGCGCAUCGAAGAGCUCGAGGCGCAAAAUGAGGAGCUACAGAAGGGCGACUCCUCCCACGAGGAGGAGAUAGCCAGGCUGACGGACGAGCUGCAAGAAUCAAAUCGCGAGCUGGCGACCCUGAGGAGCCGGAACAACCUGUCGCAGCAGAACUGGCUCAAAGAGAAGGACGACAUGGCGAGGCAGGUGCAGCACUUCAGGAGCGAGCUGGAGUCUACAAGCAGCGCCAUGGGCGAGUGGGAAGUCAUCGCCAUGGAGGAGCGACAGGUCCGGGAGAGCCUCACGGAGAAGGUGACAGAUCUCGAGGAGCAGCUGUCAUCAAUCAGAGAGGCCUACGAGACAGCCGCCGAGGAGAGGGACAGCUCCCUCCAGACCAUCGACGGUUUACAAAGGGCUCUGCAAGAAAUCCAAGAUGCAAGGAGGAAAGAGCUGAGAGACCUCGUCGAGUCUUCGGAAGAGCAAAUCCAAGAGAUGAAGAAGCGGGUGGAGGAGGCCGACAGCAAGGUGGCGGAAGCCGAAGAGGCCAAGGAGAGACUGACGAAAGAGCUGGAAAGAACAGCCCCCUUCGAGAAGGAGGUCAGGGAGAAGAACCUGCUCAUUGGCAAGCUGAGGCACGAGGGCAUCAUACUCAACGAUCACCUCACAAAGGCUCUACGGUAUCUGAAGAAAACGAAGCCAGACGAGCAGGUGGACAGGCAAAUCAUCACAAAUUACUUUCUGCAAUUCCUCUCGCUAGACCGGUCAGACCCCAAGAGGUUCCAGAUCCUGCAAGUCAUCGCCGGCUACCUCGCCUGGACAGACGAGCAGAAGGAACAAGCAGGCCUCGCCCGCCCCGGCGCCUCAAACAGCACCCUCCGGCUCCCAGUCUCGCCGUUCCACCGGACGCCUAGCACCCCAUCACUCAGCACCGAGUUCUUCUCCGAAAAUGCGCCCUCCUCCGGCAAGGAAUCUCUGGCAGACCUCUGGGCGGGCUUCCUCGAGCGCAGCGUGGAGGAGGGGAGGCCGAUCGACACCCUAGGCAGCGACUCGAGGAAAGGGAGCGUGUCGAGUAGCACAGGGCCGGCGAUAAACGUACCAAAGCCAGAUGGCGGCAAGGGUUAG